AUGCCGGAAGAGUCUGGGCUGCAGUCCAAGAUGGUGUCCUCCAUUGGUAGCAGUUGUACCGAGAGCCAAAGCGAGAGCCAGAGUGAGAGCCAAAGCGAGAGCCAAAGCGAGGAAAGUGCAGGUGCCUCCGGGGGAGGUGCCUCCCAGGCAGGUGCCUCCGGGGGAGGUGCCUCCGGGGGAGGUGCCUCCGGGGCAGGUGCCUCGGGGGCAGGGUCAUGGUCUGAUGAGCCCCGCAGGAGCCCUCUAGACCAGAAGGCGAUGCUGCUGGCGCAGUUCAUGCUGCGCAAGUAUAACAUGAAGCAGCCCAUCACCAGGGAAGACAUGAUGAAGCACGUCGUCAGGAAGCACAAGUCCUACUUCCAGGAGAUCCUCAAGAGAGCCACUGAGCUGAUGGUGCUGGUCUUCGGCAUUGAUGUGAAGGAAGCCGACCCGGCCGGGCAGAGCUAUGUCCUGGUCAGCAAGUUGCACCACAGAGGGGAUAGCAGUCUGCAUGGGAAGAUCAUGCCCAAGAAGGGCCUCCUGAUGACCAUCCUCUGUGUGAUCUUCAUGAAGGGCAACUGCGCCACUGAGGAAGAGAUCUGGGAUGUCCUCAAUGCGAUGGGCAUACAUGCUGGAAAGGAGCACAACCUCCACGGGGAGCCCACGAAGCUCAUCACAGAAGAUCUGGUGAAAGAAGGGUACCUGGAGUACCGCCUGGUGCCCCACAGUGAUCCCCCGAGCCACGAGUUCCUGUGGGGCCCACAAGCCUACGCUGAGACCAGCAAGAUGGAGGUGCUGGAGUUCUUAGCCAAGCUUCAUGAUACCCAGCCCAGCGCCUUCCCACACUGGUACGAAGAGGCCCGGCAGGAUGAGCUGGAGAGAACCCGCCAAAGAUUCGCGGCUGUGAUUCGUGCUGCCUCCCCGGCCUGUGAUCUUUCCAGCACCCAUUUCAGCAACCCCCACAUGUAUUGA